AUGGCUCAGGUGACUGGCUCAGGUGGGGCCGAACUGCUGUAUAAACCACGGCAGUAUCAAUAUGAGAUGUUUGAGGCUAGUUUGAAGGAGAAUAUUAUUGUGGCUAUGGAUACUGGGACGGGGAAGACUCAGAUUGCGCUUUUACGGAUUGCUCAUCAGUUGGAGGUGGUCGGGUCACAGAAGUUGACUUGGUUCUUGACUCCGACUGUGGCUUUGUGUUUUCAGCAGUAUGAGGUGAUCCGCAGUCAUCUGCCGGCCGUGAGAGCUUGUACGAUCACAGGGCUGGACAAGGUCGAGCGCUGGAAGAGCCAGUAUAUCUGGGAUGAACUGUUGAGAGACAAACAGGUGGUAGUGUCGACUCAUGCGGUUUUGUUCGAGGCGUUGACUCAUGGGUUUGUCCGGAUGUCCCAGUUGGGUCUGCUCAUAUUUGACGAAGCCCACCACUGCAUGCGACGGCAUCCGGCGAACAUGAUUAUGCUUGAUUUCUAUCACCCUACCUUGCAAAAGUACGGCAGAGACAGCGUUCCUUGCAUAUUGGGUCUAACGGCUAGCCCAGUGGUCAGGUCAAAGAGUCAGGAGAUGAAAAAGUUAGAGUCGAAUCUCGACUCCAUCUGCAAAACCCCGCAAGUCCACAAACAAGAACUCACCACAUAUUCCCACAGACCCGAGUUACUGCCCAUCAUCUACCCAGCCAUAGAUGACGAGCCUGGCGGCAGGGCUCUGCAAGCCCUGGAGCACGCUUGGGAUACGGCGGACAACGACGGAGAUCCAGACGCUAUACCACAAAACGACAACAUGCCAAACGGGAACGGGGAGUACAAAGCGCUCAUGGUACGAAAAACCCUCUGCAACGAGCAAAUCAAACGUUUUCUGGAUCGAAGCCGUCACAUCUUCGCAGAACUGGGAGAGUGGGCAGCAGACUACUACAUCUGCACAUCCGUAGAGCAGCUGCGUACCACGAUUCACGAUCAGUCUUUAACCAUGGAAUGGGAAGAUGAGGAGAGAGCCUACCUUUCAAAUUUCUUAUCCAAGUUACCAGUCGCGGAGGUCCAGGCUGAACUCUCAGAUCUGAAGAACUUCACGAUGUCACCUAAACUCGCAGCGUUGAUAAACUUCCUUGACAAAUUCGACGACCCCGAGUUUUCGGGCUUGAUCUUUGUACAACAAAGAGUAACUGUAAGCGUACUGGCCCGUUUGCUUUCCCUCCACCCCAAAACUAGGGACCGAUUCAGAUGCGCAGCUUAUGUUGGCAUGUCGGUUGGCAAUUGUCGUCAGGACAUGGUGGGCGACUGGCAUAAUGCGAAGAAGCAGCGAGGGACCAUGGAUGACUUCCGAAGCGGGCGUAUUAAUCUGAUUGUCACGACCAGUGUCUUAGAGGAAGGCAUCGACGUCACGGCCUGCCGUGUCGUUGUAUGCUUUGACAAGCCCGCUAAUUUGAAAUCCUUCAUUCAAAGGCGCGGUCGAGCACGACAAAAAAAGUCCACGUACGCUAUCAUGUUCUCCACAGCGGACGAGCACGGCGAUUUGCGCAGGUGGCAGAUUUUAGAGCAAGCCAUGGUCGAAGCCUACCAAGACGAAGACAGACGGCUCCGUGAGGCAGAAGCGCAAGAGGAAGUCGAUGAAAAUGUGCCAGAGAUGAUCGCCGUUGAAGCCACUGGCGCCGUCAUCACACCGGAUUCAGUCGUCACACAUCUCUACCACUUCUGCGCUGUGCUUCCCGAGGAACGCUAUGUCGACAAUAGGCCGGAAUUCUCGUUCGAGAAGGACAGCCUUGGCCUUGUCAAAGGGACGGUGAUCCUGCCUAGCUGUGUGCACCCGAAAGUCCGUCGCAUCCAGGGAAAGCUUUGGUGGAAGAGUGAGCGCGCAGCGGUCAAAGAAACAGCUUUCCAGGCAUACCGGGCCCUUUACGAGUUUGGCCUUUUGAAUGACCACCUUCUCCCAUUGACGAAAAACCCAGAGAUGAGGUCGAAUGAUUACAUCUCUUUGCCUUCGCUAUUAGAUGUGUCUGAGCAGCAUGAUCCUUGGACAGAGUGGGCCACCUCGUGGUCAUGUCCAGAUGUGCAUCAGAUACGAAUCGGCGUGGAAGGUAACGGACAUCUAGCAGAUGGGCUGGUUAUGAAGCUGAUCGGACCGACAAACUUGCCUCAAUUGGCUCCAUUGACUCUUUUCUGGGAUCGCAAUACUAUUCUCACAUUGUCAUUCGAUACCCCAGAGCGUGUUUCGACAGUGAGUGCUGACUGCAUCGCGAACAUGAGGACAGCCACGGCACUUUACCUUCAAGCGCCUCGCGGCCGACGCGCGUUGGAUAAUCAUGACUUUGUGACCUUAUUUGGGCCUGACCUACCGAGUACGGAGUUGACCGACUGGCUCAUUCAAAACGCAGGACAUGAAACUGCCCAUGAAGCGUACUCAAGGGGUGCUAUGCCUGGUGCGAUGGGAAUAAUCCGGGACCUUUCGCACUACGACGAGCCGUUCUUCUGCCAUAGAUGGGUCGAGUCCGACGCUGGCUUGAUUGAGAUAGAAUGCAGGCCUAUCCCACGUCGGAGGAAUUUCUUGCAUCCGCCGACUUUAGAUAACGGGCAAGCCGAUGCUGUCGUUGAGUCGGAACAUGGUUCUGCUAAGGUGCACAUGGUAGCUGCCGAAAACUGUACUGUCGGCAAGCUACCAGUGUCCACGGCCAUAUUUGGCUUAUUUAUCCCACACAUUCUUGACCGACUUGAGAGUACAUUGAUCGCAAACAGACUGUGCGCAACCAUUCUGUGUGAUGCCGGGUUCGCGGACAUUCAGCAUGUUAUCACCGCCAUCACGGCACCAUCAGCUCAAGGCGUGACCAACUAUCAGCGAUAUGAGUUUCUCGGGGACUCUAUUCUAAAAUACAUUGUUUCGUGUCAGCUUUUCUUCCAGAACCCUAACUGGCCGGAGGGCUUCCUCACCGAAGGUCGCACUACUAUUGUCCAGAACCCACGGCUCACCAGGGCAGCUCUUGACGCUGGACUGGACGCUUUCAUUAUGACGAAGUCUCUCACCCCUCGCCGGUGGAUUGCACCGCUGAUAUCUACAAGGCUGGGGGCCACUCCUGCAAAGCGACAGAUGUCAGGCAAAGUGUUGGCGGACGUCGUCGAGGCAUUGAUUGGAGCCGCUUAUCUAGACGGUGGCCAUGCCAAAGCUCAGAUAUGCACGCAUUGCUUCCUUCCAGAGAUCAAUAGACAACCCCUGGAUAUCCCAUCUAUCACCUCACCAACAGAGCCUGGGCGAACUGCGCACCACUUCAUAGACGACAACUUGCAAGGACACCUUGGCUACAACUUCAAGGAUGAGGAUCUCCUGGUCGAGGCUCUCACCCACCCUUCCUGCCAGCACGACCAAUCCACUCAGUCCUAUCAACGAUUAGAAUUCCUCGGCGAUGCUAUUCUCGACAUGGUCAUUGUCCCAAUCAUCUUCCAAUACUCUAACCAAAUCUCACCAGGCGACAUGACCCUCAUCAAACAUGCAGUAGUGAACGCGAACCUGCUCGGAUUCUUCUGCAUGGAAUUUUCCAUCGAACAAGACAAGACCAAAAUCGAACGAACCGCUGACGGCCAAUUCACUGUCAAGUCCGAGACACAGCACGUCGAGCUGUGGCGCUUCAUGAGAUUCAACAGCUUCGAUCUGCAAGCCUCCCGCGAUGCAGCUCUAGACCGUCAUCGCAGACUCCGAGACCAAAUUAUCACCUCCCUCUACUACGGCCCGAGUUAUCCCUGGCAACCUCUCUCUCAACUCUACGCGGACAAAUUCUUUUCCGACAUCAUCGAGAGCGUUCUCGGAGCCAUUUUCGUUGACUCAGGCGGGGACCUCUCCGCAUGUGAACGCUUCCUCGAGCGGAUUGGCCUGCUGUCUUAUGUCAGACGCGUUCUGUCAGAUGGUAUCAACGUGACUCACCCUCGGGGUCUCGCACAGCGGUUGUCGAAAGGGGACGCGCUUUUUCAUUUGAAGCGUGUCUUGGAUGAGCAAGGCCGCGCCACGUACCGGUGCAUAGUUACUAUGAAUGAUGCCCAGAUUGUCCUUGUGGAGGGUUGUCUGUGCGGCGAAGAGGCCGAGGUGAGGGCUGCUAAUGAAACAAUCGAGUUCUUGCAGCGUCGCCAGGAAGUUGUUUGA